GAACGGUCACACUUAACAGCGACUACAAGUUCGAGAUUUCGCUUGCAAUUUUCCUUAUUUGUAAAAAAAAAAAACGCAUGCUGUGAUUGCUUGACGGCUGGCAAAGAGAUCUGCAAAGUGCCUGGACAAGCAGCGAUCUGGAGCACCCGGCGAUGGAUCAGGAUAAUAGCGCGCAGGCGAAAAACUUCGAAGGUUCAGGGGACGCCGGUCUCAAAAUGGCGUCUGCGAAUUCCGAACCAUUGGCGUCGGCAACUCACGAGCUGAAAAUCAUGGAUGUCGAGGGAGGUGCGGCGGUGGCGGUGGAUCAUCCCGUCGAGGAACCGGAAGCGGCCAUGGUCAUCCUUGUGGACGACGAGGAGGGCGAGGCGGCGAUGGACGUGGAUGAGGUCGAACAGCCGAUGCUGGAUGACGCUGGCCUUGACGAUGUGGACGACGACCAUGUUCCCAUGGUGGCGGAACUGCAGUCCGCGCUGAAUAACCCAGAUGACAAACCGGAAAGCGAGGAUCCCCUCCUGGAAGAUCCGGAUCGAGAGCCCGACACCAUGUCCACAAAGACAGAGCCUUCGAGCGAUGCGGAGAGCAACCACUCGUACCACGAUCCCAUGGGCCUGCUGGAGCGAAUCGACAACCAGGACGGGGGAGACAGCCAGGACGAUGACGAGGACUUCAGUGUGGACGAGGGCAGCACUGGUGGCGGCAAUGGAUCUACGCGCCGAAAGAUGUCCCGCUCGCAGCGCUGGCUCAUCUGGAUGAAGCGAUGGCCCUGGAUCCUCCACGAGCCCACCGACGGCACCUUCGCCUUCUGCCUCUACUGCAACAUGAACAUCAACGUGAACAACCGCUCCAGGCACAUCAACCAGCACAACAUGUCGCUCUAUCACCAGGAACGCGAGGCCAACUACCUGGCCUUCAAGAAGAGCGAGGAGCACACUCGGGGAGCGACCAGCGACAACGAGGUGAAGCACGAGUUCGGCACCAAGAGCUAUGUGACCGCCAUGAAACAGAAGCGGGUCUCCGAGAUCGAGGCCUUUAACAACUUCAACUGGUUGCGCUGGCUUCGCUGGCAUCCUUGGCUGGAGCGCGCUCAGCCCGGUGGGACCAUUGGUAUGUGUCGCGUCUGCAACGUGCGCAUGAACGUGGAGUUCGUCUAUCUGCGCAAGCGUCACGAGACCACCAAGGGUCACAUGGAGGCGCUGCGCAACCAGGAAACCGAGAAGACGAGUCGCAAGCGAAAAAGGAGCAAGAGCACAAGCGAAUCCACCGGUGUCGAGGAGGAGGCUGAGCCGGAAAAAGAGAAGGAAUCUGAGCCAGAGCCGGAGCCGGAGGAGGCACAGGACACCGCCGUAGUGAUGAUGAACGGCGAGAUAAACGCCGACGAGGAUCCCAGCAAGUGGUGUGAGCUGAUUCCGGACACAAAUCCGCAGCAGUGCCGAUGCACGCUCUGCGACUGCACAAUGGCGAUCACUAGCUAUCUUCGGCACUGCAAAACCAGGCUGCACUGCCAAAAGCAAUUGGCACCUGCCGAAAAGGGUUCCCCAGAUGUCCGCGGCAUUUGGGCUGUGUUUGCCGACCUGCAUCCCUGGUUGAUCGCCGAUCCCGAGGACCCUAGUAUUAGCUACUGCAGCGUCUGUCGCAAGCGCUUUAUGUAUGGAAACUCCGAGAUCAAGCGCAAAAACCACGAGAAUUCCGAAAAGCAUACUUCGGCAGUGGCCGCCGCGAAGGCAGUUAUCGAAGCUGGAUUGGCUGAGGCCAAAGAGAAGGAGAACGAGAACGAGAACGAAGACGAUGCCGAAGCUGAAGGCGGGGAAGCUGAGGAGGAGGUGCCCGCCAAUGAGCGACCCCAGUCGGAGGUUCGAUCUGACAGCGACGGCACCGAAGACAAUGACGAUGACAAUUGGUCGGAAACACAGAAGGGUGGAAAGGGCAUCGCUGUCAAUACCGCUGUCGAGCCCAGAAAGGCCAAGGCCCGCGCAGGUGUGCGCUUUUACCCGUGGCUCUGCUACUCUAAGGAUCGCAAGACCCAGAUUUGCAAGUUCUGCCGCGUUCGCUUCCACAACGAAUCGGCAAAGGCUCGGCACGAGUACAGUGCCCGGCAUGUAAAGCUUUUAAAGCAGUUCAAGGCGCGCCAAGCAAAACAGCCGCAGGGCUCAAUGAAGCAGACUAGAAAUAAACGGCAGGAAGAGGAAGAGGCACAGGUGGCACCGGAGCAGGAAGAGGAAGAAGAGGAGGAGGAGCAGGAAGAGGAGGAGGAUCAGGAAGAUGAGGAGGAGCAGAGCAACACAGAUUCUGGCACAGUGCUGACAAGAAAGACGGCUCGACCGGCCUCCAAACUCUUCGGCAAGCCCAUUCCGGCCACCAUGAAGGGCAAGGUAAUGGUGUGGAAGGGCCGCUUCCCGUGGCUCUCCUACAAAAAGAGCGAGCAGCGUGGGAACUAUGCCUGGUGCAAGCUCUGCGAGGUGUCCCUCUACCUGCCCUCCUCCAAGUGGGCCUCCAAGCAUCAGAGAACUUCCCGACACAUUCGCCUCCGCAUCGACCGGAAGAAGAAUGGUGGCAAACCACCGGUAGCAUCUGCGACCAAGAGCCCAGCUGAAAUCUCUGCCGCUGUGGCCACAGCUUCGGCUUUGGCCAGCGGCGAGGCUAGACAGAAGGCGGCCAUGGCAGAGCUGCAGGCCAAGUAUAGCUGGCUGGAUCCUGACGCCAAUGACGAGAACCACUGCCACUGCCGUGUUUGCGAUACCCGGCUGCCGAUAAAGGUCUUCUAUCUGCGCCAGCACGACGCUUCGCGCAAGCACGCCGAGAGUGUGGAGCGGCAUCGGGCCAACUCCGCCGCUGCCGCCGAUGCACCAUCCGUUAGCACCACUUCCACCGUUGAGGCGGAAAGGCAGGAGUCUGGACUGGACAAGGAAAGCGACGGCGACAUGAGUGCUAGAUCCGAUGGGAGCAUGGGGGAGCCACCAGCAAAGCGAUCCCGACGCUCAAUGGAGGUUCGUCGCAUAUUACGCGCCCUUCGCGACUCGAUGGGCAAGCGGCAAGAGGAGCGCUCCCAGAUGGACAUGGCGAAGGACAUGAUAUGCUCCUCGUUCGAUAUUGUUUCGCGCCUACGAACUCUGGAGCGGGAGUCGGCCACUCAAGUCGAUUCCACGGCGCAGGCGCCGGCGGUGAAGGCGGCACCAGUCCAGCCACCAGAGCCCCGUCAUGUUUUAGAUCUCUUCUUCGAUAGCAUUGCGCCGACCAUGAAGGCCCUACCGGCAGAUUUAGCUGCAGAGGGUAAGGCCAAAAUCAUGCAGCUUGUGUGUGGCUUGGAAGUUCGAGCCAUGCAAAGAAAUUCGUCAGCCUCCACUGCAGUAGCAGCUUCUUCCACAUCGUCUUCUACAGCUAGUGCAGCUGCUCCACUUACAACUUCCCCUCCAUCUGUUCCUGCUCCUGUUACCGCUUCUGCUCCCCCUGCUUCUGCUUCUGCUCCCCCUGCUUCUGCUUCUGCUUCGGCUCCUCCUUCAGCUCCUCCUUCUAUUUCGGCUCCCCCAGCUUCGGCUCCCGUUGUUCCCGCUGCUCCUGCUGAAGUAGAAUUGCAUUCCAAUGUUAUCACCAUCCAAGAUGAUGACAACACUAUUCAGACCAAUAACAACGAAGUGGAACCCGUUCAGAAAAAGUCGGUAGGCGGCACUUCCUCUACCCAAGUGACCAUCAACGGAAGUCAAAAGGACCUGCCGGAGAAUAUAAGACGGAUCUUAAGUUCCUCCCAAAUGCAGGUGACCAACCGCUACGACACGGAUGCCGUGCGUUGUGUGCCGCUGGACAAGCUAACAACACAGAGUCGGAUGAACGGGAACGGGCGACUCAGCCAAGGGGGCUCCUCGGAAGCCCCAUCCACCCCACAGGCGGAUCUUAUUACCAAUGGAAAUACUCUGGCCAUGCUCAGGCAGAUACGGGUAAACAAUAACAGCAGUUCCAAGAUGAUCACCAUUACCAAGGCACCCAUGCAUCAGCCGCAAGCAAACUUAACAUCGACCCCAAUUAUGCGAGGUGGUCCGAACACCAACGGCGCCCAGAUGGCAACGUUCCGUUCACUGGUAAACCAUAACCGUAGGCCAUAAAGCUCCCUAGAAAUAAGCAUCAUACAUAGUUAUAGUUUUUGUCAUCGUCAUUUAUUUAAAUAUUCGCCUCAAUCAGUUAAUAUUGUAUGUUAAAGAUGAAUACUUGCAAGCAAGAUAAUUAUUUUAAAAGAAGAUUGACCGAUCCUGAUGAGGUGCGAAAACAAAAAAUUUCCUUUCAUUAUCAUAAGCACAAACUCUUUACAUUAGCCAGCUGAAAAUUGAAUCUGUUUUUUCCCGAAAGAUGCACGUUUAUAACGACGUUUUGUCCCGGACCCUUUUUUUUGCACCAGUAAAAUAUAUAUUUUUUUUGUUUAAGAACAUUAUAAAUUGGAUUGAUUUAAGGUUAACAGACUUUUCAAAGUCAUACCCAAAUAUAUAUAAACUGUAUGGUCUUUUAA